UAUUUUGAUAGGUCAAUGUUUUUGCGGAAACCUCUUACAUCUGCAACAAUGGCUCCUUUCUCUUUACGUUGCCGUCUUCAGAAUUCCGCGCUGAACAAGAAAGGUUUCAAACCCAAGGCUAAGCAUGGGAGGAAGGGGAUGAAGAACAUGGAGAAAAGCUUCAAGAGGUUGAAAUCAGAAAUGGAGGAGAUAAGCGAGGAGCAAAAGAGCAUCAGGGAAGGGCAAAGACAAGUUAAAGAAAAGUUUGAUAUGAUUGAAUCGGAGUGCGAGGAAUUGAAAAGGGAAACUAGACUCGUAAUCCAGCAAAGUGCGAGGACUCAGGUUAAACUUGCUCUUAUGUUUCGCAUCCUCAAAGCAAGGGAAGCUGACGACUUAAGUACCGCGGCCACUCUCACUGAAAUGCUCCGUGAAAUAGUAGGAAGAGAGAGGGAGGAAAGCGAAGGUGACAUCUGAAUGGCUCUGAUAAGCUUCCUCUGCGCUGCUGCCCCAAAUAUUAUGGAAUAAAAUUGUCCGUUCUAACUUUUAGCAUUUUUGUGUUGUAAACUGCUGCUACUUGUGUUCCGGAUCUACUACUUUUCAUGCUGGUUUGUUAACUUUUAACUUAGCAA